AUGGCAACCGCAAGCCGCCUGCGGAGCCUGAUGAGGCCAUCCGCCCCCGUCGCGACGCGAAUCCAGCCCGGCAUGCUCGCCAAGGCGCCCUUCUCCUCCAGCGCCGCGCUCGCCGCCGUGAACGCCCCGGUCAUAAAGAGCCGGCGAGACCUGCCGUCGAAGCAGAAGCUGGUGUCGAAGCGGAAGACGGCCAUUGCGCCCGUCAAGAAGCCCAAGCCGGGCGAGCGCAAGGCGUUUCGCAAGCGCAUCCAGCUGAGCAACAACGGCGCCCUGCCCGUUGCGGGGCUCGGCGAGCUGGAGCCCCGGACCAUGGCGAGUGCCGAGAGCCAGGGCAAGAUGUUCGCCAUCCCGGACAAGGUGGUGGACCAGCUGAGGGCGUUGGAGGCCUUCAAGACGACACAGAUGUGGAGCCUGUUCCGCCGGCCGCACGUCCUCGUGCGCAACGAGACGGCUGAGCUGGUUGGCAGGUUAGAGGCCGCCAAGGAGAAAAAGGAGGCCUUGAAAUGCGUGCUGACGGGGAGCCGGCUGUCUGGCAAGAGCCUGGUCCUGCUGCAAGCCAUAUCCCAUGCUCUGCUGAACGAGUGGGUUGUGAUAAACAUACCCGAGGGCCAGGACCUCACCAACGGAAACACCGAAUACUCCCCCAUCGCCAACACCGAGCCCAUGCAGUUCGCCCAACCCGUGUACUGCAUCAAGCUCAUGCAAAACAUAUACAAGGCGAACAGAGCCGUCCUGGAGAAGCUGCCCUCGCAGCGGGACUGGACUCAGACAAUUGGCGGUCUCAGUCAGAGCGCCACGCUCGCCGACCUGGCCCAGGGCGCCAAGGAGAGCGAGUACGCUUGGCCGACGCUGCACGCUCUGUGGACGGAGCUGACGCUUCCCGGCCGCCCGCCUGUGCUGUUUGGCCUCGACGGCCUCGCGCACAUUAACAAGCUGAGCGACUACCGCGACCCGUCCUUCAACCCCGUCCACGCCCACGACCUCAGCCUCAUCCGCAUCUUCGUGGACGCCCUGUCGGGCAAGACGCAGCUCCCCAACGGCGGUGCCAUCCUCGCCGCUACCUCGGAAAACAACACGCAGCGCCACCCGUCGCAGGAGCUCGCCCUUGCGCAGCUCGAGGCCGGCCAAGCCGGCGCCGAGGUCCCUCGGCCCGACCCCUUUGAGCGCGGCUACGACGACCGCGUGUACGACGCGCUCAAGAACACGCACGUGCUGCGCGUGGGCGGCGCUUCCAAGGACGAGAGCCGCGCCCUCAUGGAGUAUUGGGGCGCCAGCGGGCUCUUUAAGGACGUCGUCGACGCCGAGACUGUGUGCCAGAAGUGGGCGCUGGCGGGGCACGGCAUCGUCGGCGAGAUGGAGAGGGCGUCGCUCAUGACGAUGCGCAUGUAG